AUGGCCCACCGAUUCCCAGCCCUCACCCCAGAGCAGAAGAAGGAGCUCUCAGAAAUUGCCCAGCGCAUUGUUGUAAAUGGCAAGGGGAUCCUGGCUGCAGAUGAGUCUGUAGGCACCAUGGGAAACCGCCUGCAGAGGAUCAAGGUGGAGAACACGGAGGAGAACCGCCGGCAGUUCCGAGAAAUCCUCUUCACCGUGGACAACUCCGUCAACCAGAGCAUCGGGGGUGUGAUUCUCUUCCACGAGACCCUCUAUCAGAAGGACAGCCAGGGAAAGCUGUUCAGAACCAUCCUGAAGGAAAAGGGCAUCGUGGUGGGGAUCAAGUUAGACCAAGGAGCUGCUCCCCUUGCAGGAACAAACAAAGAAACCACUAUUCAAGGGCUUGAUGGCCUCUCUGAGCGCUGUGCACAGUACAAGAAGGAUGGUGCUGACUUUGGGAAGUGGCGUGCUGUGCUGAGAAUUGAUGACCAGUGUCCAUCCAAUCUCGCAAUCCAGGAGAAUGCCAAUGCCCUGGCCCGCUACGCCAGCAUCUGCCAGCAGAAUGGGUUGGUACCCAUUGUUGAACCAGAGGUCAUUCCUGAUGGAAGUCAUGACCUGGAGCACUGCCAGUAUGUUACCGAGAAGGUCCUGGCUGCCGUGUACAAGGCCUUGAAUGACCAUCAUGUUUACCUGGAGGGCACCCUGCUUAAGCCAAACAUGGUGACUGCUGGACACGCCUGCACUAAGAAGUAUACCCCAGAGCAAGUGGCUAUGGCCACCGUCACAGCCCUCCACCGCACCGUCCCUGCAGCUGUCCCUGGCAUCUGCUUCUUGUCUGGGGGCAUGAGUGAAGAGGAUGCGACUCUCAACCUCAAUGCUAUCAACCUUUGCCCUCUACCAAAGCCCUGGAAACUAAGCUUCUCCUAUGGACGGGCACUGCAGGCCAGCGCACUUGCUGCUUGGGGUGGAAAAGCUGCCAACAAGAAGGCCACCCAGGAUGCCUUUAUGAAGCGGGCCCUGGCUAACUGCCAAGCAGCCAAGGGACAGUAUGUCCACACAGGUUCCUCCGGAGGUGCUUCCAGUCAGUCACUCUUCACUGCCUGCUAUACCUACUAG